CCGUCCACGAGUUAACAACUACAGUAUUUGGAGUUGUUGCAGGGGGAAUCCACGUCGGGAACUCUCGUGUUGUGACUCUGGGUUCGUCCCUAAAACCCAGCGGAGAGAGAGCACAUGUCGCGCCACAGGAAAAAGGGAAUUCCCGACAGAUGGUUGGACUACUCGCCAGUAGGUCAAAGGUUAUUGGGAACGCGCUUUAUCGCUUUCAAAGUUCCUCUGAAGCAGUCUCUGUGUCGUCAGCUGAGGGCCGACCAAGUGUUCACUCCUCACCACCUUGUGGACCUUGUCACCAGAGAGGGACAGGAGUUGGGACUCAUUGUGGACCUGACGUACACCAGCCGCUACUACUCUGUCCCGGACGUCCCUGACUCUGUUGAGUGCGUGAAGAUCUUCACUCCUGGUCACGAGGUUCCGCCUGAUGACGUCAUUCUCAAGUUUAAACAAGUCGUUCGCCAUUUCCUGCGGGACAACCACAACAAUGAUAAGCUGAUCGGCGUACACUGCACCCACGGACUGAACCGGACGGGAUACCUGAUCUGCAGGUACCUGAUUGACGUGGAUGGAGUAGAUCCUGUCAGUGCCAUAAAACUGUUCGAGUCCAGCCGUGGUCAUGUGAUCGAGAGGUCCAAUUACCUUCAGGAUCUACAGUCAGGCCCCUGCAGGAGUAAUGAGGGGAUGGAUGGGAGCUACAUGGGCCCUGUGACGGGUAAAGCUCAGGGUUGUCUCAAUUCUGGCAAGCGCCACCACCAGCACGUCCAAGGUGGCAUUCCUGGUUUUCGUUCAUACCAGAGUCAACCACAAGGAUGGGGCUUUCUGGACCCAACAGAGGAGUGUGGACCGGGCGCUGACCACCAGAGAGCUUGGAGACAUGGUCAUGACACAGGAUUUCCUAUCGAGACAAGUCUUCGUCCUAGGGACGGUGGCUCGCCAAGAUUCAGUGCUGCACCUUGGAGGAGGAACCAGCAUCUUGACCAGAGUCCAUCCAGAUACAACGCCCCACCCAGACAUUGGAACCCCCACAGGCGCUCCUGGCAUAGACACAACCCACCAAGGAGACAGUCUAGCCAUAGGACAAUGGGGCCUCAGCAGGAAGGCAGACCUGCACCAAUCGGCUCCCUCCGGAGAUACGUUCCAUACUGGAGCGACCAGUCCCAUUGAUCCGGGUGGGAGCUGCAGCCACAGCAUGUCUGUGAUCAAGAGUAGAAUCUUCUGCUUGAACAUGUCCAUGCCAUACUUUUACAUGAUGACAACUUUUUAUGAUUUUAAUGUGUCUUACCUGUAACUGCUGUCACAAUAAAAUGAAGAUCUCAA